CCCUGUGUGUCCGGGAGCUCAGCUGGGCACUGGCUGGGUGACCUCUCCCUGGCAGCAGCGCAUAAGUGGAUCACUCCUCCCAACCUCCGCCGCGCUAAUCGGAUUCCUCCUCCUAAUCCUCUGUCACAGCGGCCAGGUGACAGACAUCUGCUCUGUUCUGCCUAUGGAUCUGUCACGAGCUAAAAUGAACCGCAAACAGCGAGGGGUGCCGGGGGCCGGCUAUCCGGAUUAUCAGACGGGAGAGGACGGAGACAGGAAGAUCUCCAAAUUUCAAAUAAACAAACUAAGAAACUUGACUGAUGAUGUGUUGGAUAGAUUUGCCAGCAUUAGAAUUCCUGGAAGCAGAAAAGACCGGCCUAAUUUGCAUUAUAUGAAGAGCUCCAACACUGGCAGCGACUGGUCCACAUCGUCGGAAUAUGAAGACUUUCCUCAGAAGCAGCUGUCAGAUAAGGAAAUCUUGGCGCUGUUUGAAAAAAUGAUGGAAGAUAUGAAUUUAAAUGAAGAUCGAAAAGCACCGCUGCGUGAGAAAGACUUUGCAACCAAGAAAGAGAUGGUCAUGCAGUAUAUUAGCACCGCUUCAAACGUUGGAAGCCUCAAGAGCAGCAGACAGAUCUCACCACAGGAAUUCAUUCAUGAACUCAAAUCGGGCUCUACAGAUGAAAGGCUUGUCUCCUACUUAGACUCGCUUCGUGUCUCUCUGACCAGCAAUCCUGUCAGUUGGGUUGAAAGCUUUGGUCAUGAUGGACUUGGUUUACUUUUAGACAUCUUAGAAAGGAUGGUGGAUGGAAAACGACAUGAAAAAAUAGAGAAACGGAUUCAACACAAAGUCAUCCAGUGCCUGAAGGCAUUAAUGAACAACAAGUAUGGAUUGGAAAGAAUUAUGGGAGAAGAAAGGAGUCUUUCAUUAUUGGCCAAAGCCAUGGAUCCUAAACAAGCGAAUAUGAUGACGGAUGUAGUGAAGUUAUUGUCUGCUAUAUGCAUUGUUGGAGAGGAGAACAUUCUUGAAAAAGUCUUGGAUGCAAUAACCACAGCGGCAGAAGAAAGGGGAAUUGCCAGGUUUAGCCCAAUUGUUGGAGGUCUUAAGCACAAUAUUGUCCAGCUGCAGGUGGCGUGUAUGCAGCUCAUCAAUGCACUUGUUACAUCGCCUGAUGAUCUGGACUUCAGACUUCACAUCAGAAAUGAAUUUAUGCGCUGCGGAUUGAAGGCGAUAUUGCCACAAUUAAAGAAUGUCCGCAAUGACGCGUUGGACAUCCAGCUGAGAGUGUUUGAUGAGCACAAAGAAGAAGAUAUGAUUGAGUUCUCUCACCGCCUUGACGAUGUCCGAUUGGAAAUGGAUGAUGCCAGCGAUGUUUUCAGCGCUCUGUGGAAUUCGGUCAAAAACUCGUAUUCUGAAGGAUAUUUUCUUUCCAUUCUUCAACAUCUUCUAAUAAUCCGCAAUGACUGUUUUGCAAGGCCACAGUAUUUCAAAAUAAUAGAAGAGUGCGUAUCCCAGAUAGUGCUGCAUCGUAGCGGUGUCGACCCUGAUUUCUCUUACAGGAAAAGAUUAGAUGUGGAUUUCAGUUACUUGCUUGAUGUUUGUAUUGACAAAGCCAAGACAGAAGAAUAUGAAGAAAGAUACCUGGAGAUGACUAAAAAAUACGAAGAGGAAUUUACAAUUCGCCAAGAGACCCAGUCCCAAUUGCAGAAAAAUGAAGAAAAAAUCAAUGAACUUCAAGCGGAAUUACAGGCUUUUAAAUCCCAGUAUGGUAUCUCUGCAAAAUUGCCACAUCCAGAAGCCCCAAAAGCUCCACCACCACCUGGACCAGCAUUUGGAUCUGUGCCUCCACCACCACCGCCUCCACCACCACCCCCACCGCCUCCACCACCACCCCCACCGCCUCCACCACCUCCUAUGGCUGGAGGACGUCCUGGAGCUCCACCAUUGCCUGGGUUUGGUCCAGGGCAGUAUUCCCCUCCUGCUAAGUCUCUCCCUUUUGGCUUAAAACCUAAAAGAGAGUUCAAACCAGAAAUGGGAAUGAAGAGGCUAAAUUGGCAAAAAAUUCGGCCAAAUGAAAUGACAGAGAAUUGUUUCUGGGUAAAUGCAAAGGAGGACAAAUUUGAAGAUAAGGAUUUAUUCUAUCAUCUGGAGAAUACCUUCUCAUGUCAAAGAAAAGUAAAAAAAGAUGAUGAAGUUGAUGACCCAGUGUUUACGAAGAAACGAAUAAAGGAGCUUAAAGUUUUGGAGCCAAAAAUUGCCCAAAAUCUAUCCAUUUUUCUGGGUUCAUACCGUUUGCCUUAUGAAGACAUUAAAAAAAGUAUAUUGGAAAUUGAUGAAACACAGCUGACGGACUCCAUGGUGCAGAAUCUAAUAAAAAAUAUGCCUGAACAAACUCAGUUAACGGCAUUGGCCAAACUGAAGGGUGAAUACUGCAGCCUGUCAGAGCCUGAGCAGUUUGGUGUUGUGAUGAGCAGCGUGAAGAGGCUCAUUCCGCGUCUAAACGCAAUUCUAUUUCGCCUUCAAUUUGAAGAGCAAGUAAACAACAUCAAACCAGAUAUUAUGGCUGUCAGUGAAGCGUGCGAGGAGAUAAAGAAAAGCAGGAGCUUCGCCAAACUGCUGGAGAUGGUGUUACUCAUAGGAAACUAUAUGAAUGCCGGAUCCCGAAAUGCUCAGACGUUUGGAUACAACCUCAGCUCUCUUUGCAAACUAAAAGACACAAAAUCAGUAGACCAGUCAACAACACUCCUUCACUUUCUGGCUGGAUUAUGUGAAAAGAAGUUCCCUGAGGUCCAGGCAUUUGUGGAGGAUAUACAGACUGUAGACAAAGCAAGUAGAGUGUCUGCAGAAAAUCUGGAAAAGACAAUGAAGCAAAUGGAACGCCAACUCCAGCAGCUUGAGAAGGAUUUGGAUACCUUUCCCCCGUCUGAUGACGUACAUGACAAGUUUGUGACCAAAAUGUCCAGUUUUGCUGUAUGCGCAAGAGAGCAAUUUAAAAAGCUGUCACGAAUGUAUGAAAACAUGGAGAAGCUCUAUCAAAGUGUCAUGGAAUUUUACGUUCUGGAUGCAAAGAAGGUUUCUGUGGAGGAAUUCUUUACGGAUCUGAAUAACUUCAGGACCAUGUUUGUGCAAGCAACAAAAGAAAAUAUCAGACGGCGAGAAGCAGAAGAAAAACAAAAGAGAGUCAGGCUGGCAAAAGAACUGGCAGAGAAAGAGAAAGAAGAAAGGCAGAAGAAGAAAAAGCGUCUGCUGGAAAAGAACAGAGAGGGCGAAGAGACUGGCGUGAUGGAUAGCCUGCUCGAGGCCCUGCAAUCCGGAGGCUUUCGAGACCGGAGGAAACGGACGCCGAGGCCUAAAGAUAUACAGGACAAUCUCAGUCUGUCAUCAGAGAGGCCUAUUCUAAAGCCUUGUAACCAUGAAAACCAAAAACCUCAAUUUGAGAGAUCACGUUCACGACCAAAUAUCCACUCUACAGCUGCAAGGGCUCCAGUUGCUAAGGAACUCAGUUAUGAGUCGGAAUCUCAUGCGUCUGCAACAAGAAGCAAGGUUACCGCCAGAAAAGAGGUGUGCAACUCAGAAGGGCACAGAGACAAAGGGGCAGGUCACAGCACUGCUGUCAAGGCAGAGUCAAUUCCAGAGGUUGAAGCUUUACUUGCAAGGCUGCGGGCUCUCUAACAAAGUGGUUUGGUUCUUCCGGCUUUUCUCAAACACACAUAAAUAAAACCAUGUGCCGAUCUGCAAGUAACCAUGGAAAGCUUUGUGUGCAGUCUCAAGCAUUCAAUAACUGUCUAUAAAAGUGGGAUUUUUACUAUUCUCUCUAUGGACUCAAGCUUUAAAAUGCAGUAAUAUAGUAUAUACCAACCAUGCAGACUGUGUGCAGUCUCAAGCAUUCCAUAACUUCCAAUUCAAGUGAGUUUUCUACCAUUCCCUCCAUGGACCCAAGCUUAGAAAUGCAAUAAUAGUCUAUACAGAACAUAAGAGUUAAUUACUCUAGUUCAGCACCGCAGUACAUAGCUCUCUUACCAUUGCUUCCAACCGGCUCUGGAUAGAGGUCUACUUCUAGUUUUUCAACAAUAACCAAUGGUUAUUUUGUCUUUCAUUUUUGGUACUUAAAAUGAAAAACCAUUUUGAAUUAGUUUUUUCUUUUUCACACUUGAUCUCCAAUAUAUUCAGUCCUAUUUAUAAUGAUGCCCCAAAGUCCCAGGUUCUGCGGCUUAGUAAGUGUCAUUUCUUCUAUUUCUUAUUUGCUUAUGUAGGGAAAAUAGCUCCUUCAAAAACAUUAGCAGUUUAGCAACUCCUUAAAGGGGUUGUCCCAGAAAAAUAACAUGGCCACUUAUCCUCUGGAUAGGUGAUAAAUAUCUGAUCGAUUCGGUCCGACCAAUGGCAUUGCACAUUCUUAACUUCUGUUUCAUUCAAACAGUGGACACAGGGUCUCCCUUCUCAUGAACAGUAAAGGCCCCUUUUGUCAGACCUGCAGUAAUCAGAUACUUACCGCUUAUCAUCUGGAGAGGUGAUAACUUGUAAUUCUGUGGCAACCACAUUAAGGAAAUUGAAUUCUAGCAUUUCUGUUCUUGGAAUGACUGCUUUAUCACAUGUUGUAAUAAAUAUUUCUUGAAGGUGCAGUUUCACUUCUGUCCAUCAGUUAACUGUUUAAAUUCAUAUUCUACAUCUAUAUUCUAAGUAACUAUGCAAUUAUUAUUAUUUAUUUUCAUUUCACUUAUGAUCCCUAGUUACAACCUGCACUAUACUCCAGAGCUGCAUUCACAAUUCUGGUGGUUGAUUAUUGGUCUAAGCAGAUCAUUUUUUGAUAGUUGCAGCUUAGCAGAACACUUAUAAUGCUGCUAAGUGUGGCAUUGUUUGAAUAGAUGAUGAACAAGCAAUAGGGGUUUAAAGGGGCUUCUGAGAUUUUGAUACUGAUGACCUAUCCUCAGGAUAGGUCAUCAGUAUC